UAAAUAGAAUCAGCCAUCUAUCUGCCACCAUGCGGUGCUUUCACCUCUUCCGUCCUCUCUUUCUCUCUCUAAAUUUAGCUUACAAUUCCCUCUCUCCCAUCAUUCCCCAUUUAUUGUCCAUCCAUGGCUUCCCAACUUCUUCCUCCAAAACCCAGCCUCCACUUUCAAUCCCCAAAACGGAGAUUCUCUGCUAAAUUCAAUCCCAACCUCUCUCUCUUCUCCUUUCUACGCCCAUCGACGAUGUGGACUGCCUCUCCACCGGUGGACUAGCAGGAGGAGCAGACCACCAUCACCACCACCGCCGCCGCACUCCGCCCUAUCUCCUCCAAUGCAUCCGCCACACAAUAACCACUUCGCAUGGAUGGUGCCCACCUUCGUGGUCAUCAACAUUGGCCUCUUCGCCCUCGCCUUGUACAUCAACGAUUGCCCUUCACACUCCACCGAUUGUGUCGCCCAAGAUCUCCUCGGCGGCUUCGCCUUUCAGAGCCUCAGAGAAAAUCCCCUCCUCGGUCCCUCUGCUUCCACGCUACAACUUAUGGGGGCUCUUGAGGUGAAGAAAGUGGUUGAAGAGCACGAGGUAUGGCGCCUGCUCAGUUGUUCAUGGUUACAUGCUGGGGUCCUCCAUGUUCUUGCCAACAUGGUGAGUCUGCUAUUUGUUGGCAUCCGGCUUGAAGAGGAGUUUGGGUUUGUGCGAAUCGGGCUACUGUACAUUAUAUCUGGAUUAGGCGGGAGUUUAUUGUCAGCUUUGUUCAUCCGGACAACUAUUUCUGUGGGUGCCUCUGGCGCACUAUUUGGUUUACUCGGAGGCAUGCUUUCGGAACUUCUUACAAAUUGGACAAUAUAUACCAAUAAAUUCGCAGCAUUGUUGACUCUCAUUCUCAUCAUUGCAAUUAAUUUAGCCGUGGGAAUCCUGCCUCAUGUGGACAACUUUGCACAUGUUGGAGGAUUUGUUACUGGAUUUUUCCUUGGAUUUGUGUUUUUGAUUCGCCCACAGUAUGCAUGGGUGAGGCAAAGAUAUUCUCCUCCUGGUUACAUUGGGAUCAAAUCUAAACCUAAAUAUAAGGUGUAUCAGUUUAUAUUCUUGGUUAUCGCUCUCAUAGUACUUAUUAUCGGACUUACUGCUGGCCUAGUUUUACUCCUCAGCGGGGUUGAUGGGAACAACUACUGUUCUCGGUGUCAUCAUUUGAGAUGUGUCCCUACCCCUUUUUGGAAAUGCAAUUCAGAACAAGUCUAUUGUGAGUCCAACAUCUCUGGAAACCAGCUGAACUUGAAAUGCCUAAGCAAUAGGAAGAGCAAACUUUACACUUUGGAAGGUACUUACGAUACUACGUAUUUGGAGCAUCUGUGUUCCGAGCUUUGCAGUUGAUGUAAACACAGGCACAUAGGAGAUCACUGAAGACAGUUCAAGCCAUGCUGUUGAAACAACUUGGUUUGCUUUGAAAUUGUAGAUCUGAGUGAGGUGUUUGAUCAAGCCCUGUCGUGUUUCUGGUUAUUGGUGCAUCUGCAGAUAACCCAAAAAAAAAAAAGGCACGCUAUCAAAAAAGUGGAAUAGAAUGUAAAUUUGCUUCAUGGUAGCAUUGUAAUUGUACAGUUAAUCAAACACAAAUAAGUAAAUUAUAAAUAAAUUUAUCUAUAUUCUGCGUCUGUUA